AUCGUCUUCGUCACCGCGGAGGUGUCGCCUUGGAGCAAAACCGGCGGGUUGGGCGACGUGUGCGGCGCCCUGCCCGCGGCGCUGGCCGCCAGGGGUAACAGGGUCGUCGUCGUCGCCCCGAUGUACGAGCGGUACGGCGACGCGCACGACACCGGCCACCACUCCACGUUCCACCUCAACCACGGCGACCAGCACGUGCGUUACUUUGCGCGUUACAAGGACGACGUGACCUACCUCUUCGUCGCGCACCCCGCGCUGGAACGCGGCGGCGGCGGCCGAAUAUACGGCGGCAGCCCGGGGAACCCGUACCACGACAACGACUUUCGCUUUGCGCUCCUGUCGAUGGCGGCGAUUGAGUCGUUGCUCGCGGUGCCGUGGGAGGAUCUCUUCUUCGGCGGCGGCGACGCGGGUGCCGAGCGAAUGAAGCGCGCGUACUUCGAGACUGCGCCGGUGUUCGUCGCCAACGACUGGCACGCCGCGCUCGUGCCCCUCUUCCUCGCGGCCAGGUACCAGGCCAACGCCGAGUGGACGCUGAAGCCGCGCCGCGAGUGGGGCACCGACGGCGCCGCCGCGUCGAUCGCCCGCGCGUCGUGCGUGACGAUCGUCCACAACCUGUUCCACCUCGGCAUCGUCGCCCCCGACCGGUACCGGUCGCUGGGUCUGCCGGAGGAGAACACCGAGUGGUUCCCCGCGCUGCGGUGGCGGUGGAGGGACGGCGGUGAGAGCAUGAACUUUCUCAAGGCUGGCCUCGCCACGUCGAGCGCCGCGGUGCUCGUGUCCCCGUCGUACGCCAACGAGGUGCAGACGAACGAGCUCGGGUGCGGCAUGGACAAGGUGCUUCGAUCCGUCGGGAACUUUGGCAGCGACGUGGACCUGGGGUUUCUCAACGGGAUGUCCGGCAAGCUGCGGGGCAUCGUCAACGGCAUCGACGUCGACGAGUGGAAUCCCGCGACGGAUCCCCACAUCCCAGCGCACUUUGACGUAGGGACGUCGGAGAAGGGCGUCGUCGAACGGGCGGACGGGUGCACCGUGUGGGACGUGGCGCGGGGUAAGGCGGCGUGCAAGGCGGCGCUGCAGCGCGAACUCGGGCUGGAGGUGGACCCGAACGCGCCCCUCGUCGGCUUCAUCGGCAGGCUCGAUUACCAAAAAGGCGUCGACGUGCUACUCGACGUCGUGCCGCACAUUGUGCACAACGGCGGACAGGUGGUGAUGCUCGGCAGCGGCGACCCGGGGCUGGAACACGGGAUGAGGACGAUGGAGCAGAACCACAGGGGCAGGGCCGUCGGCUGGGUCGGGUUCUCCGUGCCCAUGUCCCACAAGAUCACCGCCGCGUCGGACAUACUCGCCAUGCCGUCGCGGUUCGAGCCGUGCGGUUUGAACCAGCUGUACGCGCUGCGGUACGGGACGCUGCCCGUGGCGCACGCGACGGGUGGGCUACGGGAUACCGUCCGCGGGCGCGUGGGUUGGCCGUUCGCGCCGUGCGAACCCGGCGCGUUAAGGCGCGCGAUGGACCGCGCGAUGGAGACGUACAAGGCUUCGGAAGGGAACACGCGUCUGGACAGCCGGUGGCGAAGGAAGCAGGAGCGCGCGAUGACGUCGGACCUGUCCUGGAACGUCGCCGCGGAAAAGUACGAGAAGCUCAUGGGAAAGAUCGCGAUGGACCCUCCG